GUUACUUGGAAGCCGAAGGCAGAGGCAGGAGGUGGAAAGACCCUUCCUGGCUUCCCAGCCCCACAGAACAGCCCCAUUCUGGUCUGAUUGAUUACCUUUGGACAGAGUGGAGGCUGUGUCCCACAGACUCUGGCAUCAUGAACAUAUUUGAUCGGAAGAUCAACUUUGAUGCGCUCUUAAAAUUUUCCCACAUAACCCCCUCGACACAGCAGCACCUGAAGAAGGUCUAUGCCAGUUUUGCCCUCUGUAUGUUUGUGGCGGCUGCGGGGGCCUAUGUCCAUGUGGUCACUCAUUUCCUUCAGGCUGGCCUGCUCUCUGCCUUGGGCUCUCUGGGGUUGAUGAUUUGGCUGAUGGCAACACCUCAUAGCCGUGAAACUGAGCAAAAAAGACUGGGACUUCUUGCUGGAUUUGCUUUCCUUACAGGAGUUGGCCUGGGCCCUGCUCUGGAGUUGUGCAUUGCCAUCAAUCCCAGCAUUCUUCCCACCGCCUUCAUGGGCACAGCAAUGAUCUUCACCUGCUUCACCCUGAGUGCACUCUAUGCCAGGCGCCGCAGCUAUCUCUUUCUGGGAGGUGUCUUGAUGUCAGCCAUGAGCCUGAUGCUCUUGUCUUCCCUGGGGAAUCUUUUCUUUGGAUCCAUUUGGCUUUUCCAGGCAAACCUGUAUGUGGGGCUGGUGGUCAUGUGUGGCUUCGUCCUUUUUGAUACUCAACUCAUUAUUGAAAAAGCUGAAAAUGGAGAUAAGGAUUAUAUCUGGCACUGCGUUGACCUCUUCUUAGAUUUCAUUACUCUCUUCAGAAAACUUAUGAUGAUCCUGGCUAUGAAUGAGAAGGACAAGAAGAAAGAGAAGAAGUGAAAUGACCUUCCAGCCUUGUCCAGUUUGACCUCCUGUCCCUCCACCCCUCAUUUCCUCUUCGCACACAUUACAGGUGGUGUGUUCUGUGAUAAUGAAAAGCAUCAGAAAAGCUUUUGUACUUUGUGGUUUUCUCUACUUUGAAUUUUUUGAUCAAAAAACUGAUUAGCAGAAUAUAGUUUGGAGUUUGGCUUCGUAUUCCUGGGGUUCUUCCCCACUCCCUUUUCUGCCCAGCCCAGUCCUAGCCUCUUCCUCUGCUCAGGCAGCCGGUCACCAUGACGAGGAGUGGGACCCACAGCAGAGCAAACUCCAGGAGUCCACUUUCCAGCCGAACUUCGCCAGGUGCACCUGAACUGGUAGAGCCGCCUCAGCCCUUUGCUCAGCAUCGUUUGGUUUGUGCACAGUUCCUGUGGGACUAGGCAGUGUGUUUCCCAUUGGAAAGGAGUUUGGUGGUCCCGUUUUUUUUACCCAGGCUCACUGUAUCUGAGCUUCUGUCAACACCUACAAAGAAAAUGAAGAGCCUCUCCUGGUGGAUGCUUUGCUUCCUCUGAGCUGCCCAAGCUGUUGCUGGUCUGACAAACACAUCUCUCUGCCUUGCUAUCCUAAAAGGAGUGUGGAUUUAUGUGUUCCUAUUCCCCAUCCCUUGUCUGACCGUUGGGGAAUCUGCCUGUUUCUAUCCGUGAGGAGGGAGGAUUUCAAUACAAAGGAAAGACUGAUUCUCGUCAGACAUUUAUGAAAAGGCUGGUUAUGUAUGGCAAGAUAGAGUAUAGAAUUCCCUAACUUCCCAUCUUUAUUUUGGUCAUCACCUUAGUUGUUGAGUGGCUUCCACCACAGUGACUUUGAUUGAAGAUCCCAGGAGAGGAAGGAUAGGGAAGGAACAUGGUUGAGCCUGGGGGUAAUUGUAAACUAAUUCUGCCAGGCAGACCUAGAUAAGGACCUGUUUGGGGCAGUGGGGGAGAAAAUCGCUGCUAACUGAAUGGUUCUUUGU